AUCACAAUGCAACUAAUCGUAAUCUUCCUCUUGCCUUUUAGUGUGGUGCUAGCUCAAAAGGCCUGCUCCUACGACUACGUCAAGUUGGGUAACACCGCAUAUAAACUAGAACGUGGCAAGGUCAAUUGGUGGGAUGCCGCCAGACGUUGCAUGGACUACGGAUCCCAAUUGGCCAGUAUCGACAGUGAAGAGGAACUUAAGGAAAUCACAACUUAUUUAAAUCAAAUGGGGUUUGCUGCCACUGAAGCUGUUUGGUUCUCUGGAAUUGGCAUUAAGACUGGCUCUUGGGUCUCACUGGCCACUUCGAAAAUCAUGUCCUUCUUUAAGUGGGCCCCGAAUGAACCAAACGAUUACGGCUAUGAGAACUGUUUGGGUAUCAUGCCAACAACUGGAACUUGGCUUAUGUACGAUUUGAGUUGUUUUAAGGAAUAUGCAUUCCUAUGUGAGAGUAAUAUCAAGCCAACUGAUGGAAGCACCCAGCUUAACGUUAUACAAUAAGUAUCAGCAAUUUGAUGUUAAUCACAAUCGCUGCAGGAAAUAUUUUAAGAAGCAGCUGAAAUGAUACUUUAAACGACAUUAAAAUUUUAAUCCAUUUGCUUGGAAUAAUCUUAGUUCUCUUCAAUGCAAUAAAAAAAUGUAUACAAAAUCAGACUACCAUAAUAUGUAUGUAUUCUUUUAUGGUAACAAAGAAAACCAAAACCCAAUCAUUCCAAUAUUGAGAAUGCCAAAUUUAAUUAUUAUUUGUGAGUACAAAACAGCUUACCAAAAUGUUAGGGAGAAGUUCGUUAACAUUUUGAUUUAAAUUUGAAUUAAAACUUCUUUAAACUUCUUUUAAUAUUGAUCGUUUA